GUACUUAGUAUUCCACCUCACCGCUGCCCUGACAUUAUUAUCCGAAUGGAUAGAGGCUUUAGUCUAAGGGUCCCACAAGAGAUCAUAGACUAUGUGAUAGACUUCUUGCACGAUGACAAACCUUCACUUUGUUGUUGCGCACUUUUGUCCUGGGCAUGGUUGGAGUCGAGCCGUUAUCAUCUUUUCGGGAUCAUUCGCAUUCGUAUCGGACAAUCAGCCAAUGUCGAAAAUCAUCUAACCUCGUUUACGCUCUUCUUCAACAGCAGGCAGACCAUUGCAAUGCUUGUACGCAGCCUCUCGAUAACCCGAGGAGAGUGGGAUAGAUUGGCCGCAUAUCCUGAGAUUGAGCUCUAUCUCAUUGCCGCUCUUCUGCGCAGUUUACCACGGCUGUCUAUGUUCUCAAUGGACCAUGUCGGUCUUCUUUGGAAUAGUCGUACUUCGGAAAUGACCGGUUCGCAUAGACCGUCAUUUCGACUUCAGGAGUUGAGUCUGCAACGACUCUAUCUUUCCAUCCCUCCACAGAUAGACCCUGACUGGCCAUUUUCCCAUUUCCUCUCUUGGUUUUCUUCUCUCAAACGCCUCAGGCUUCGUGCGGGCACUCACGCGGGGCCUUAUACGGACGGUGCAACCUUUGCCUCCUCAGUGUCGCCCGAUGCCUUGCACACAGUCCGGGCUACCAGAGUCGAAGUAUUGAUGACGGACCAUAAGCUCCUCCGGCUUCUAUAUGCAACAAUCGCACCAUCCAAUCUCACCAGUUGUCUUCUUACCGUCAAUAGAGUUGCCGAUGCAAUCGACGUGCAGUCGGUGCUAAAUGGUACAGCAUCUCGAAUUACAACACUUGAAUUAUCUUUUGUUGAAUUUGUCCCUAUCGGGCUCAUUCUUCGAAAUGGGUUCGAAGACUGUGUCACCAUCGAUUUGGAUUUGUGCCGCUCAUUGGAGACCCUGCAUCUAGGUCUCACCAUUUAUCAGGAUCACGACCUGAUGAAUGCUUUUUUAUGGGCUUCAAUAUUCUCCACGGUAGCGACACUUCGAUCAUCGAUAUCGCGCCUCGAAAUUGAUGUUUGCUUACAUUGGGAUAUCUCCAAACCCCUCGCAGUUCUGCAGCAUCUUGACUGGUCGCGUUUAGCAAACGCUUUACAGGGAAUUAAUACGAAAAGUAUAAUCAUAUGCUUGUUCGACAGACCUGCAGAAAAUGCUUCGCACCGCUCCCCGAAUGAAAUUCGCGCCUUCAUUGGGCAGAUGCUAUCGGAGUACCGGGAUAGUGGGGUGCUCAGCGUUCGAUAUGAGACCGUCCCGUGGGAGCCUGUGGAGUGGUAACCAUCCACAAUGAAGAAAGGGAGUGAUUAAUUCCCCUCGCCCCGCCGGCCCCCCACCCCCGAAGAAGUGUUCUGUUGUAUCUGUAAACAUGGCCUAGAAGAUGAACACAUUUUGUCCUCGAGCUUGUGUCUUAUGUGUUGGCGUGAUGCUCUGACAUCCAAUUUUCCCUGUAACUUUGCUUUUACGGCAUAUGAAGGUUUAGUGUUCCAGAAUG